AGGUACAUUGGAGAGGGAAAACAUUUAAGGAGGAAAUCGAGGGAAAUAAAUUAUAAGAAUAGUUUGCUAUCCACUACUAGCUCCUAUCGGGUGGUGAGAGGUGUCGAAGUUUGCACUCUGGGGGACCCCCCCCCCCAUGCUGGGCUGAACAUAGGACAGCUCACGUUUUCUAGGUGUGGAGAGCACAGACUGCCUGUAGUCACUUUCGGGGAAGCCAGUGCGCACUAGGAGUGUUCUCCAUCUGUGGAUCUCGCACUUCAUCGCUGCCUGCCUGUAACACGGGAGGAGAAGAUCCAAUCAAUGUUUGGGUGUAAUAAGGUGGAAUACCAGGGGGGACACAACAGAAAAGAUACAGCACAACCUGGGAAAUAAAGGAAGUAGGAGCACACAGCAGUGAAGGACAUCCUUCAGAGGAGGAAAAAUAACAUUUUACGGAAUUUUUAUUUCAGAGGCUCCUGUUCCAGGGGGACUUGGGCAGCAUAAUUUCCUUUUUGGGAGGAGCAGCUCUCAGCUUCAGUCAGCUAAUCUUGUGGACUAUAGGAUCCUGGAUGGCAUGUCAAGACUGACUCUUCAAUGGUCCCUCAUCUUCUCUAGCCAGAAAGGAACCAUGUCGUCUGCCCAUGUUUGGAUAUGACAUUGGAAUCUUGGAAUAAGUGACCUGUGAAUUCCGUUGGCACUGGGGAUUUUUAAGGACUGCUAAACUACUCUUCAGUCACACUGUAUGGACAUCUACUAUCAGAGGCCUUGCCAGAAGCCUGAAAAACAGUAAUAACUGGGGGAAAUACAACAGACCAUGGCUGAGAGGAUGAUUGCUUCUCAAAGUGGUCUCAUCUCGAGUGGUUCCCCGCCAAACGAUGUGUCUUAUCUUCUAGCCUGAUGCUCCUAUGGUCAAGCCGCCCAUCCAGAGAGCCGUGACAGAAUGGUCGACUGUAUGAGCAAAGUCAUGCUGCACACAGCCCUCUCAUGCUGGCAACCGUUCCUGGGACUGGCUCUAGUGGCCGUCUUUGUGGGUUCUGCCCUGGGAUGUCCCGCCCGCUGUGACUGCUCAGCCCAGAGCAAGUCGGUCCUGUGCCACCGCAAACGCCUACCGAGCAUCCCAGACGGCAUCCCCAUCGAGACCAGGAUCCUGGACCUGAGCAAGAACAAGCUGCAGGCUGUCAACCCGGACGACUUUGCCCCCUACCCUGGACUAGAGGAUCUGGACCUCAGUGGGAACAUUAUCAGCUAUGUGGAGCCGGGGGCCUUCAACCCUCUGUACAGCAUGCACUCUCUCAGUCUCAAAAGCAACCGCAUCAAGCUUAUUCCCCUGGGGGUCUUCACAGGCUUGUCCAACCUCACACGGCUGGAUGUCAGCGAUAACAAGAUCGUCAUCCUGCUGGACUACAUGUUCCAGGACUUGCACAACCUGAAGUUCCUGGAGGUGGGUGACAAUGACCUGGUGUACAUCUCCCACCGGGCCUUCAGUGGACUGCUGAGCCUACAGACACUAACCCUGGAGAGAUGCAACCUGACGGUGGUGCCCACUGAGGCCCUGUCCCAUCUGCACAACUUGGUCAGACUUCACCUCCGAUACCUCAGCAUCAGCACAUUGCAACCAUACUCCUUCAAGAAGCUUUUCCGGCUGCGCCACCUGGAGAUUGACAGCUGGACCUCGCUGGACAGUGUGCCUGCCAACACACUACACAGCCUCAACCUGACCACGCUUUUCAUCACCAACACUAACCUGUCCACCUUCCCAUACCAGGCCCUAAAGCACCUGCACUACCUAACACACCUCAACCUGUCCUUCAACCGCAUCAGACACAUCGAGGGGGGAAUGCUGUUUGAGUUGGUGCGCCUGAGGGAACUUCAUCUAGUUGGGGCCCAGUUGUCGACCAUUGAACCGUAUGCGUUUCAGGGCCUCCGGUGGCUCAAGGUCCUCAACGUCUCCCACAACCAUUUGAACACCCUGGAGAAAGGUGUCUUCCAAGCCCCUGAGGCUCUGGAGGUCCUCUUGAUCGACGACAACCCCCUGGUGUGCGACUGUCGCCUCAUGUGGAUCCUGCAGAAAAGGCACUCCAUCUUCUUUGGCGACUCGCAGCCAGAGUGCAGCACCCCUGAGGGUAUCCGUGGCAGGCCUUUCAGGGAAUUCAAGGAGACCCUGCUAUCCUAUUACGUGACAUGCACCAAGCCAAAAAUCCGGGAGAACAAGACACAGACGAUAGCAGUGGACGAGGGUCAGUCAGCGAAACUACACUGCAGUGCUGAAGGCAUCCCCAGGCCAGUGGUGUCAUGGCUGUCCCCACGCCGGCGCCUCCUCACCAACAAGAGCUACGGUAGAGUCAAAGUCCACAACAAUGGGACGCUGGAGAUCAAGGUGGCAGAGGUGCAGGACGGUGGCGUGUACCUUUGCAUGGCAACCAACACGGCGGGUAACGACUCAUUGAUGGCCUCCCUAGCAGUGAAAAGCCUGGGGUCGCUCUACGCAAACAGGACCCAGUACUACACAGAUCCCAGCAAUGCCACUACCAAUGGGACUAGCAACGUGACCUACGGCUUGGACCUAAAGACUAUCUUAGUGUCAACAGCAAUGGGAUGUUUCACAUUCCUGGGGGUGGUCUUGUUCUGCUUUCUGCUACUGUUCGUUUGGAGCCGGGGCAAGGGAAAGCAUAAAAACAACAUAGACAUUGAAUAUGUCCCUCGGUCCAAGUCUAAUGGCACCUCUGUAGAUGGAGGGGCAGAGGGACAAGCUGGACCUCAUCGCUUUAACAUGAAAAUGAUCUAACAUGGUUUGUGAAUCUGGGAAUCCAUAUGUUGGGAAUGCUCUAAGGAUUAUGUAUUUGUAUUGCAAAUGGAACAACAUUUCCCACUACUUCAGGAGAAUGCUACUGGGCAAUUCCAUGGUAACAGAGUGAUGCUGAGGCUCAUAUUUUUCUCUUUGAAAUGUAUGCCAAACAAAAACCAAUGAUUGCAAAGUUAAACAAACCCUACAACUCUAUGCACAAGAACUAGUUUUAUUAAUUUCCACAGUCAUUUUUACAAACACACUUGAAGAACAUUGCAGAUGCAACGUUUGGUAACAGAAUGACGGCACCAACAGCACAAAUCAUUCUGUGGCCAAACUUUGCAUCUGCACUGUUCUUCAAUGAAAUGUAUUUUUGUAAAAAUUAAAAAUUGAUUUAAAAAAAUUGUUGUGCAUAGAGUUAUAUGGUUUGUUUAACUUUGCAAUCAUUGGUAUUUGUUUGACAUACAUUUUCUAGGUAACAUUGAAGUACCUUACUGUGAUUGUUUUCAAGUAAAGAAAUUUCUCAAGCAAGAAUUUUGCUAGGACUGUCUGGGAGUGGUCUAAGUGGAAAGGGGAAAACCGAAAAUGAGCUUUUAUUGGCAGAGAGGUUUGUAACUCUUUCUUAUUGGUCUAUUAACUAAUUUAACACCAGGUGUUGUCACCAGAAUGGCCAAAACUCCAUCCCACCAAAACAGCUUAAAUUUCUCUUACACUAAAAAGGCAUUACCAUACUUUUCACAAUUUCACAGUAUUAUUUCAACCUCAUAGUGUGGAAAUAUAUAAACUUUUUUGACUGCACUGGGCCCUUUAAAGUGAAGAAAUCAGAGUAUCAGGAUCACCCUUUGGUUUACUAGGAAUGGAAAAAGUACUACAGAGUGCCAUAACAGGACACGGGAGUGCAAUCCCCAACUAUGGCAUCGUAUUGGAUACAAUGCCAGGACAUUGUGACAAAUGUUCUUGCUGUUGCUAGUGAGCUUGUCCACAACGGAUCCUCCAAAAUGAUCUGAAUCUCUACCCAGGGGACCCGAAAGGAACAGGUGUCAUAAUCAAGCUUUUGAAAUUCUAUUUACAUGCCCAAGUACAGGAUUGGUUUUAAAGACACUGCAGAACUGUGUACAGUACACAUUUGUAUCUAAAGGUAUUACUCUUAUUGGUUUGGUCUUGCACCAUGCUUACGCACCAAACAGAUUGAUGAAACAGAGCAUUCCCUCCAACCAUAAUCUUUGCAUAUAUGUACUUAAUGCUUCAUUAUGUACAGGUAUGUACAUACUCAUUUAACAAACUUUUCAUAGCAAUACUCAUGGGAUGCAAUGUCAGCCAAAAUCUCAAUUCCCCCACCUAACAAGCAAAAUGGUCACUUUUCACUUAUGAAAUUGUCCAUGGAUAUAGGAAAGGGCUUCUACAGGAUUGCAAUGUCACACUGGAGAAAAUAUAUCCCUGUUCCCCAAAUAUACACCUAGAUAUUGAAGAUAUUUUUGUUUAUUGUCAACCAUAAAGGAAAAAUAUUUUAUUUAUCAAAGUGGUUUGAGGGUUUUACAAAAGUGAGUAUCAUAACACUAUUCCGGGAGAAAUAAUCACAUUUGAUGAUUUAGAAGGUGACAUAUUGGUCAGAGAACCUACAUGGACCACUUUUCUGUCCUUUUCUUGUCUCUUUUUAUUCCGUUGACUGUAACCUUUGCCUGAUGGCAAAAUAUGUGUCCAGCUUACUACAGUGAAGUUGUCAUCUUUUCUCCCCAGUAAAACAUUUGGACUUUGUUGUGGUAGUUCCUCAUUUUUGUUGUUGAAUCAUUUAGAUUGUGAAAAGUUCAAAGUAAAAUAAAAAAAAUCAUGUAUGUGAAAUAAAAUAAUAUUUAUUUGUA